GGGUAGUUUUCAUUGACUGUGCGGUUAUUAUCAUUUCUUGUUUCAUAAAUCGAUUCAUACUUCAAUAGGCAUGAGAGCAGCGGCAAGCUACACGUUUUAGGAAGCCGUCAUUUUUGGCCUGCUGACACGCUGGCAUCGGUGGCGAUGGCGAGGGGACAGAUAACAACCAACUCCAAAUCUUGACUAGGGUCUCGUCUCGCUCCGAUAGGUUUGGUAAUGCAUUCAGCAGACAUGCAUCGUCUUCAGUCCAUCCCAUUGAAUCACAUCCUGGAAGCAAAAUGGUUCCCAAAGCUAGCUCGAGCAUAACUUUGACCCUGACGCCCGUUGUUGACAGCGAUAGUAUAUAUGGUCUCGACGUCAUAUUGGUUCUUCAAUCCCCAGGCAAAGCUGCUGGCGAGCCAAUUUUCCUCUACAGUAAACGAGACAAUGGCACAGGGGCGCCAUCGCAUGAAUACCAUCCGUCGAGUAUCAAGGCCUACGACAGCCAAGGCCACUUCCCCCUCAACAUAGUUGACAGCUCCAACGACGCAAAUCUACAAGAAUGGCACGGCUUGCGCAACAUGGAGGGUGACUUAUCGCUACAUCUCCACGUACAGCCUGUACAGGUCACUGCGAAGGAUCACAGGAGAUCCAUUGUUCCUCUUGGUAUCGAUCUUGGAAGAACAGAGCUGUUGGAAGACCAAGGGGGGCUGAUGGGUGCUGGAAAGUGGUUCAUCCCACGACCAGCCGCUGAGCCAGAGAUUCUACAUCAAAUCACAGUGCAGUGGGAUGUUUCCUCCUCGCCUCCGGGAACACGGGCGGUUUGGAGUCACGGGGAAGGACCCGAGCCCAUCACCAAAGAAGGCACUAUCGACAUGCUGCUAAAUUCUGUCUACAUGGUCGGCCCAGUUCAGAGCUUUCCCGCACAUGUUGACGCCAUGACCGGCAUGACCGGAGAUGCUUCUCCCAACGCCGGUUCGACCUUCUGGUUUGGCAAACUUCCGACGAAUCUCGAGAAGUUAUCCGAAUACAGCAGCAAGAUCUUCCCUAGUAUGUCGACAUUCUUUCGAGAUCCUCAGGGAAGCUAUCAAGCCUUCAUUCGCAAAGUUCCCAAUGGCUUUGGUGGAACAGGGUUCCAGGCCAGCAGCUUGAUCGAGUACGAUUUUCAAACGGAGGCAGUGUCUGACUUUGAUCUCGUGCGCCUCUUCAACGACUUGAUGGUACGAUCGUGGGCCCGACUAGACACAGAAGACGAUGAUGGAUCUGAGGCUGAGUGGUUCUCGAAAGGCUUCCAUCUAAUUAACUGUUGCGUAGGCCUGUCCCAGAUGUACACCAUCUUCUUCCCCUACAGGUUCGGUCAAAGGGGUCCCGAUUACUUCCGUGCGACACUCAACGGGUUUCUGUCCGCGUACUACACCAGUCCCCACCUCACAACGAGAAUAAGUCAAGGCAAGAGUCCAGCCCAGGUAGAUUCUUACACCGCAUCAAUCCCCUACAACCGCGGCUGGAUCUACAUGCUCAAGAUGGAUUGCUACACGCGCCGCGCUUCUGUGCAAACGGAAGCAGGCGUGUUGAGGCCUCUCGAUGGAGUUGUUGGAGACCUUAUGGAGAAGCGCCGAAGCGGCCUCCAAAUGCGAACAGUAGAUUGGUUGAAUGGGGUCGCGCAUUGGUUGGAUAUGAUUGAUAUUGCUGCAGCACCUUAUUUUCAGGAGACCAUUAUGGACGGGAACACCAUGUGGCUUGACGAUAUGACGGAGGCUUUCGGUGCCAAGGAAGGCACUAGUCGCGUUGUCGAAGUUGACCAGGAGAUGCUGUACUUUGGAUUCGAUGUGAUGAAGAGUCUGGAAAGGGGAGUUGUUUCUGCGAUUGAGCCUGGAUCAAGAGCAAAUCUCAGUGGGCUCCAGGAUGGUGACCGAAUUCUGCGUUUGGACGGAUUUGAAUUCUCCAUGCUCGGCCCAGAUCGCGAAGUCAAAGUUCUGGUGGAAAGGGAUGGCGAGACGUGCAGCUUUGAGUACUCCCCUCGAGGGCUUGACAAGGUGCCUUGUUGGCAGGUUUUGAAGGUUGAGCCUGCAGGAAAGUGA